UAAAUCUUGUUGCCGCAUGCUGGCUGUCUUUCUUUUCGAAAUGGACAACAACAACGCAAGUGCUUCGUGUUCUUCGUCAUUUUUAAAUUCAAACAACUUCAAGAAACGAAGAUUAGGCUUAAGCAAAAAAUCAGUUUCCUCAGCGACGAUGUCAGAGGAUCUAGAGAGUGAUGUUUCAAAUUUUUACAGCCAUUCAGAAAAUCAGUUAGAAACAAUCAAUAUCAGAGAUAUUCAUGACGAUUUUCCGGAUGAGCCACCACCACCACCACAACCACAGCACAGAAAAAAUAUUGCUGGACAAAAAAGAAAGCAAGCAGACGUUUCCACCAGAAGAUGGACAUGGAGUAGUGAGAUGGUCGAAUCUCUUUUACUCAACCUAAAUGAGUAUAAGAGUUCAAAAACAUUUGAGGGGCUUGACUUUGAGGCUGAUUUCAUUAAAAUGUAUGGAGAUUUAAGGUCCAUGAUGAGUAGAAUGUACCCGGUCUCUGAUUUUGGCCCCGAAUCAAUUCCAGCAAAAGAAGAGACCGAAACAAAUAUGGAAUACAAAAAACGAGUUGAGCAGUUGGAUAAAUCAAAAAAAGAAGGGUACGCCCGCAUAAAAAACAAAAUUAGAGAACUGAGACGUGGGUACAAACAUGCUGUAGAUAAAGGUACUCGUUCUGGUUCGGGAAGACUUGUUGCUGAACAUUACAACAUUUUGAAGGAAAUUUGGGGUGGUUGUCCUUCAGUGACAGCUAUACCGCAAGGUAAAGUUUCACUGAAUAUUGAAGAAGACAAUCAUCGAUGAGGAGUCGGAAGCACCUGUGAUACCGGAGGAGGGACGUGAAGCACCAGAGGAAGCACAUGUAAUACCGGAGGAUAAAGGAAAAUAUAAAAACAUGCAAAAAAAAUUAUCUGCGCAUCAACGAGAUAUGGUGUUGACUUAACACGGGAAGAGCUAGAGAUAAAACGUCAAAACACUGAAUUGUUGCGAAAAUCACUGGAAGGGACAGAGCAGGCAAUAAAAGCAAUGACCGAAUCAAUAAAUUCUAUUGGAAAUGGAAUAAAGGACGGCCUAGGACUUUUGGCCAAUGCAUUUUUACAAUCCCAAGCACAACCAGCUCCUCAUCCUCCAUAUCCUUAUUACAAUCAAGGUCAUCACGCACCACAAUAUCAACAACCGUUUAUGUCUCCACCUCAAACACCAAGGAGAACUGAAGAAAAAUAGACUUUAGUUAUUGUAUAUAUUUUUUGUAAUAUUUUUUGUACAUAUUUGUAUAAAAAGCUUGAUAUAUUUUUUAAAAAAAUGUUGAAAAAACUUUAUAUAUAUAUUUUAAAACAUUAUUUUUAUUAUUUAGACUUUUUCAU